AUGGAUCCGGUCCGCUCUUGGGUGCGGAACGUCGGCGUGGUGGACGCCAACGUCGCGGCGCAAAGCGGCGUGGCGCUGUCCAGAGCUCACUUCGAGAAGCAGCCUCCUUCCAACCUGCGCAAGUCCAACUUCUUCCACUUCGUGCUGGCGCUCUACGACCGCCACGGGCAGCCCGUGGAAGUGGAGCGGACGGCCUUCGUGGACUUUGUGGAGCACGACAAGCCGGGAGAAAAGACCAACAACGGCACUCACUACAAGCUGCAGCUCCUCUACAGCAACGGGGUCCGCACGGAGCAAGAUCUUUACGCGCGACUUAUCGACUCGGUCACAAAACAGCCAAUAUCGUACGAAGGCCAGAACAAGAAUCCAGAAAUGUGCAGAGUUCUGCUUACGCAUGAGGUCAUGUGCAGCCGCUGUUGUGAGAAGAAGAGUUGCGGCAACCGAAAUGAGACGCCCUCUGACCCAGUCAUCAUUGACAGGUACUACCUGAGAGCCUCGCUCAGAGUCAAACUGCUCAAAGUUUACGCAGCUUUGUGUCAAGCGCAGAUGUGA